UACUCCAGCUGCUGCUGCCACUGUCUGUCGUGCAGUGCGUGCGUGUGCGAGUGAGCGCGUGCGUGCGUGCAAUCUCUUUUCCGCUUGCCCUGCGCUGCUGCUAUUCAAUGUAGCAAAGACCAUGACAGGCAUCGCGGCCGCCUCCUUCUUUUCCAACAUCUGCCAGUUCGGGGGCUGCGGACUGCACUUCGAGUCGCUGGCCGAGCUCAUCGUGCACAUCGAGGAUAACCACAUCGACACAGAUCCUCGCAUGUUGGAGAAACAGGAACUUCAGCAGCCCACAUACGUCGCACUCAGCUACAUUAACAGGUUUAUGACAGAUGCAGCACGGCGAGAGCAUGAAACUCUGAAGAAGAAGGUCCAACCAAAGCUUUCACUCUCAUUGACGGGCAGCCUUUCACGCAACAGUGUGGCCACACCCCCUCGCCACAACAGUGGCAACCUGACCCCGCCUGUCACCCCACCCAUCACACCCUCGUCUUCAUUCAGAAGCAGCACCCCCACAGGUAGCGAGUAUGAUGAGGAGGAAGCGGAAUACGAAGAGUCCGACAGUGACGAGUCGUGGACCACCGAAAGUGCCAUUAGUUCUGAAUCCAUCCUAAGUUCUAUGUGCAUGAACGGAGGUGAUGAAAAACCCUUCGCCUGUCCCGUCCCUGGAUGCAAAAAGAGAUACAAGAAUGUGAAUGGUAUCAAGUACCAUGCCAAGAAUGGUCAUCGCACCCAGAUUCGUGUUCGUAAGCCCUUCAAGUGCCGUUGUGGGAAAAGCUACAAAAGCUCUCAGGGGCUUCGACACCACACUAUCAACUUCCACCCACCCGUCUCUGCUGACAUCAUUCGCAAGAUGCAGCAGUAGAGAGUGCCAAUUUCUUCCUCCAUAUUCACACUUACACAUAUACAUGUAUAUAAAAUACAAAACACACACAUACACCAAUGCAUGUAUAUAGAGUACAAACAGAUCACCUCCAUAUCCUUCUUCACCAGCAGCUGUGGCUGUCCAUUAACUCUGACCCAUCUUAUCCUAGUGUCCUAUGUUUUUGGAGGACAUCCAAAAAAUAUUUUCUCAUUAAUGUAUAUUACUCUUUCAAGAGUAAGACUCUUUCACCCCCCUUGUCAUUCCACUCCUCUAUUCCUCUUCUUCAAGAAAGACACCCUGUACCUCCAUGAGGAAGAUUUGGUUCUGCUUAUUUUCAUACUUCAUACUCAAGACACUACACUCUGAAUUUCAUGCUUUAAUUCUAUUAUUUUUUUUAUUUCCUCUGCUUACAUGUUAUUAGAGUUCAAUUUUGUAUUUUUGCACAUUCAGCUAUCAUUCUAUUUUUCAUUGUAUUAUUUUUAAGUAAGGUGCUUAUUGUAAAAUAAUGAUGGUAUGCUUAAAGAUAAGAGGAUUGUGUGUUGUUUCGGUUAGAAAAGCUAACUGUAAUUCACAGUUCUGAAGGAGAGUUUGCAUAUGGAACCAGCCUCACUCCAAACCGAGGAAAAGCUUAAGGAUUCGGGCUCUUCAACUAUGAGUUUGAACCAAAACCGAAAGACAGGAAAGGCUUAAAAUGUCUGAAUGUUUGUAAUAUCUACCCAUAAAUAAGCAACAUUCAUAGCUAUAGAUUGUGUAUAUAAAUAUAUUCUAUAAACUUCCAUAGUCAGAUCUAAAGUCUAUAGUUUACUCCCAAGUAUUUUGUAUAUUUCCAUCUGAACUUCAGAUUAUUGAUCGAUUAUGGAUGUGCAGUUUUUUUGGUAGUGCUUUGGCCCUUUCGAUUAAUCUCGAAAAUCUGAGUUAUAGCACCAAGUGACUCUCAGGUGACAAAUCGCCAGCAUUUCAGAACCAUUAUCCUGCCCAAUUUAUCAUACUAUUUUAGAGUAGGCUGUUACACACUUCCCAGCUUCGCUGUGGCCGGAAUGUUCUAGAAGCUCUGGAGUGUUCUAGAACUCCACAGCUAUCUUCAUACAAUCUGGUGAAGUACCUUAAAGCACUUUGUAGUGACCAGUUGCCAACCCGUUUAGGGCAUUUUGUAUUGCCAACAAGUCUGUUGUUGUAGAAUUCUGUCUGCAAGCCAGCUAAGAAAUUCUAGGACUAACAUGCAACUUUGGAGGUUACUGUUUCUACCAUUUUCCCCCCCUUUGUUUCUUUAUUUUUUCAAGCUAAGGGAAUUUAUUAGUUUUUUGCUAUACCUCCAGUGUGCUUGUUAGUUAUGAGUUUAUUGAAACUGGUUGCCUUGAGUUGUGGUAGACCACAGCAUUCCAGUACAGUAAACUUGUAGCUUCAUGUGUAGCCAGGCAUCUGUUCGAAAGCCUGAUUCAGAUUGUGUAUUCACCCUGAUUCUGACCUUUUUCUGGAGUUGUCCAUGUGACCUUAAUAUAUACCUCGAACCUCAAAAAUUUUGAAAAUCUGCCCUGUUCACUAUUGAGAAGAUAUUUAAGAGAUGAUACCUAACCUUGCAUCAGUAUCUGCUUUGUUUUGCUUUGGACUUGUUAUAAAUGGUAAAUGAAGGGGUGGUAAACAUGAGAGUCACUCGAACCUCCAGAGGUCACAGCCAGAUCAGGGCCUGCCAAUCAUUCAUUAUGACAUCACUGCAUGGACGUUAAUGUUGUUAUGGAAUUGCAGUGUCAGUUUAGAUUUUACAUUGUGACAGUAUUACACUGCCAGUACAGAGGGAAGUAUUUGAUAUAAUGUAUUCUUAAUGUAUUGUUAACGUCUCUAUGCGAGUGCUUUAAAUUAUAUUUUCUUAAGUUUCUGGACAACGAUGUUCUUACAUGUAAUGAAGUCAAGCACCAGAGGUUGUUUUGGAACUGGUGACAUUUUCUGCAAAAAAAAAAAAAAAAAAAAAAAAAAAAAAAAAAUGCUGCUUUGUAAAUGUAACCUGGUUACAUUUUAAACAUAAAAAUUGUAUGUUUUAA